AUGUCUGAAGAGCAGAGCAACCCCUUGUUACCCGUCAAGAAUCGAUUAGAGUCUUUCUGGCUCUCGGAGAGAGAUCCAGUACUGCAGAAUGCCAGGACGACGGCGGAGCUACCUCGGAAUGCCGACGUCGUGAUCGUAGGAUCCGGUCUGACAGGUGCGAUGAUCGCUUAUCAUCUGUACAGCGAGGCAGAGAAGAUGGGAAGGAGGGUCAACGUGGUGAUGCUCGAAGCGGACGAAGUGUGUAGUGGUGCAACAGCAAGAAAUGGUGGUCAUUGUAAACCCAUUCCAUUCAUCGGAUUCCGAGCGGAAGCCGCUAAACACGGUCAGAAAGUUGCCAAUCAUCUUCUUACGUUCGAAGCGGCCGCAUUGAAACAGUACGCCGAUCUUGUUCAGAAAGAAGAUAUCGAUUGCGAUAUGCAUGUUACUCGAGCUUUCGAUGUCUGUUUCAAGCCACAAGACGGCGCCGCAGCUAAGAAAGAUUACGAAGCUAGGAAAGCUGCGUUUCCCAGGGAUGUCGCCGAACAAGACAUCCGAAGUGUUGAUGAUCCAAAAGAAUUGGAACUUUUAACUGGUAUUCAAGGAGGCCACUUUGGUGCAAGUUAUCCCGCUGGACACCUUUGGCCUUAUAAACUUGCUACUUCUUUGAUUCAUAUUGCCAUCGAUAAAGGCUUAAAUCUGCAAACGCAUACUCCCGUCUUGUCGAUGAAGAAAUCCGAGGUCUACUCUGGUCAAUGGGAAGUAGUGACGCCCAGAGGAUCCGUCACCACCUCUCAAGUUAUAGUAGCCUCCAAUGCAUACACUUCAGGCUUCCUCCCCGAAUUCAAGGAGCUCAUCUUCCCUGUUCGAGGUACAGCAUGUUCGAUUACUCCGGCCUCCUCGCACUCGCAUGGUGCUCACCCAGGUCCAAUCAAGUAUAGUUAUGGCUUUAGGCAUGGAGCAGGAGAUGUGGAUUAUAUGAUCCCCCGACAAGGAAGGGGUAGGAUCCCAGGAGUGGGAGAUAGAAGUAUCAUACUGGGAGGAGCCAAGAGCCGGUUUUUAGGUGAUCUAUCGCAGUGGUACAACAACAAACAAGAUGAUCAGUAUAUGCCCGGUGCGAAGGAAUACUUCGAAGGUUUCAUGAAGAAGUACUUCGUUGGUUGGAAUGGUAACGAACAUGGAAAUGUGGAUAGGGUUUGGUCAGGUAUUCUGGGAUACUCUUCCGAUCUCCUCCCAUAUGUAGGUGAAGUACCGGACAAACCCGGAGUGUUUGUGUGUGCCGGUUUCACAGGACAUGGUAUGCCUCGAAUCCCAGGAUGUACCGCCGCGAUAUCUUCGCUAGUGGCCUCGAGAAUCAAGAACGGAUUUAUCACCUCGACAGCCCAAAAGGCUUUCGAAGAUUCAUUACCCCAGCCAUACUGGUUGACCCAAGAACGAUAUACCUCGAGAGUCAAUCUGAUUCAGAAUAUGAUGAACGGAGGUAAGACGAAGGGCGCAUUGCAAAAUUCGGAUGAAGCUGUCAUGGUUGAUAAAGCCGUGAGAGCCAAGUUGUAA